AUAAAAAUAAGGCCCGAAGGUUAAAAUUAAAACACACGACUGUCAUUCGUCCCAGUCAUUAGAGUCGACCGUCAUAUUAAAUUUGUUAGUUGAAGCUGCGAUCUUUAGUAGCCGAUCGCUCAUGGAGGCUGGAAUAUUGAGGAACUCGUCGCGCGGUGAUUACAGCACCGUGGUUGACUUGGCGGGAGCCGUCCCUACAGACCUUCGCGCAGUUCCCAACUACAGGAUUGACUUUUCAUCCUGUGAAAGUCCGGACCGCGAGCAUGAAUCUGCACAAAACGUCGACGGGUCUAAAGUGAAUUUGUUACAACCUACGGAUAUCGUUCUACAAGUCGGUGAAACUUCCCAAGCGAACGAAACAGCACAACCAACUAUGUCAAGCUACGCUGAUAUUGUACAAAGAUCGAGAGACGCGUUCCUGAGUGGUAAGACGCGCCCACUGAAAUGGAGAAUCCAACAAUUGAAAGCAUUUAUUAAAAUGAUCGAUGAAAACAUUGCUGAUAUACACGCAGCUCUGACAACUGAUUUGAGACGAUGUAAAUAUGAGAACGUAGUGUUGGACUUAGACUUUGCAAAAAAUGAAGCUAUCCUUCUACUGGAUAAUCUAGCAGAGUGGUCAGCCCCUGAGAAGCCACCGAAAGGGAUUGUCAACAUUUUAGAUUCCGUUAAAAUAUAUAAAGAUCCGUAUGGUGUGGUUCUAAUUAUUGGACCAUGGAAUUAUCCUUUCCAACUUUCGGUGGUUCCUAUGAUAGCUGCUAUGGCUGCCGGUAACUGUGUUAUUCUUAAACCUUCGGAAGUUUCUUCAGCAACGUCAAAAAUUAUGGCUGAAUUGAUUCCAAAGUAUUUGGACAACGAAUGCUGUCAUGUGAUAUUGGGUGGUGUGCCUGAGACAACAGAACUGUUGAAGCAAAGAUUUGAUUACAUAUUUUAUACGGGAUCAACGAUGGUUGGAAAAAUAGUUCGCGAUGCUGCGAACAAGUAUUUGACUCCAGUGACGCUUGAGCUUGGUGGAAAAAGUCCAGUAUACAUAGACAGCACUGCAGACAUAGGGAUUACUACUAGGCGACUAUUAUGGGGAAAAUGUAUAAAUUCUGGACAGACUUGCGUUGCUCCAGAUUAUGUAUUGUGUACUCAUGAAGUACAGGAGGCACUCAUUAAUGAAGCUAAGAAAGUCCUAAAAGAGUGGUACGGCGACAAUCCAAAGGACAGUCCAGAUCUUACUCGGAUGAUCAGCGAUCGUCAUUUUCAACGCUUAGCUGGCUUUCUGUCUGGAAAUGGUAAAGUCGCUGUCGGAGGAGAUAUAGACUCUGCUGAGAAAUUCAUUGCCCCAACAAUCUUGGUUGAUGUUAAACCAACGGACCCAAUAAUGAAUGAUGAAAUAUUUGGACCUAUUCUACCUAUCGUUUCCAUAGCAAAUGCAUACGAAGCCAUAAAAUUCAUUAAUAGCCGGGAGAAGCCACUGGCACUUUACAUAUUCAGUAAAAACGAAGCUGAUGUAUCUCUGAUUUUGGAAAAUACAAGUAGCGGGGGCGUAUGCGUGAAUGAAACGGUCUUACAUCUCGCAGUUGACACAUUGCCAUUCGGUGGUGUCGGUGCUUCCGGAAUGGGAUCUUAUCAUGGAAAGUACAGCUUUGAUACGUUUGUACAUAAAAAAGGAGCCCUCAUCAAAUCGUUUAAUGGUUUGGGAGAGGCUAUUGCCUCGUGUCGCUAUCCCCCAUAUACUGAUGGCAAACUGAAGUUGCUCGGCAUGUUGACCGCGAAGCGAAAUAUUCCUGGAUUUAAAUACUUGCCCCAUGCUGUUAUGUUUGGCUUAGGAAUUCUCGUUACUAUUGGCUUUAAAGCUGCUCUAAAGAGUUUCGGCAGCAACGAGGAAUGAAUUUAUCACAGCGCUACUUUUAACUUAUUGUGAUUUAGCCUGCAUUCCUAACUAUACUGUAUGGAAGUUGUUUCUACCAACGUGGAUCAUACAUACUCGAACUAAUCAACAAGUAAAAUUGCGCGCUAGUCAUUUGAUGAAAUGUGUGUGAUCAUUUUUUAUAGAAUCAAUCCUACUUCAAAUUCUUCUUGCACAAUUUGUACAGAAAGUAGAUUAGUGAAAAAUGAUUAGUGAAACACGGUCUAACAAGUUUCCAUCCGACAUAGUGAUUUUUGAAAGAGUUGUCGGGUGAAUAAUAAUAAAAGUUGUAAAUAUGUAAUAUUUAGUGGAAUCAGGACUAAAGUUAUUCAAGUAUAGAUUUUUUUAAUGUACUGUUGAAUGUUAUUGUACUACGUUAGUUUAAUAUUAUUUUUAACUCUAAUUAAAAAAAAUACCUUUACUAUUAUUGCUAUUUUAUUACGGUGGUUGUAAAGUUGAACGAAUUCUCGGUAAUCAGCACAUCACAUUACUAUACUGUUAUUUUCAUAGUUUAAUUACAAAUGAAAACUAGUGGAUUAUGUUUUACCGUUGUCCGAAAUGUUACGAGGCUGCUGACGUUUCCGCUGUACAAACACGGUGAAACUAAACCCUAUCAUUUGUUCACUGCCAGGCUUACUCAUCUGAAAUCUUAUAUGUCAUUUUAUAGACCACUUUGGAAUUAUUUGCAAUGAUCAAUAAAGUUUUUUUCAAAGGCGUCCAACUUACUCAAAACUCUAUAAUUUGACGUAUAUUUGUAACCAAUCCAUCGCGAUUUUCGAAUCUGAUCCGGUGUUCGAGACUGAAAUAUCAGCUGGUCAAGUACACGCCUUGUAUAAUCAAUUUGCAUAAGUAUAAAGGUCGCCGAAAAGCUAAUAAGAUAUAAGCUAUAGAGUAUAAGGUACAUACAUGCAUAUGGGCACAUUAACCAUAUUCCUAAAUAUACGUACCGACGAAUGUAAAAUGUAUAAACUUUGAAGUUAAAAGCGAUGUAUGUAUCAUAGAAACGGCGCGAAAUAUUAUAAUAAGAUGAAAUAAAGUACUUUUUCAAAUUA